CUUCGCCGAUGUCGAUAAUCCCCCUCCCGAAUAUCGGUGGAGCGUUGAUACCGUGAGGUACUUUUGAAGCGGAAAGUUGGCAAUGUGUAGCAUACGGUAAUAUAUUAAGUUGUGACGGUCACAACAUGACUUGGUACGGUUGCACAGCUGUGCACAGGCAGUCGCACAAAAGCAAGAUGCCAUUUCUUGCAUCUCCAUGCCCCAGCGGGGAUGCCUCCGGGCGCAGUAGUCGGUGUUACACUCUCCCCGAUCAACUGGUAAAGCUAAUGCGAGUUGGUGACGGACCUGUUUGAGCAUCGCAUUGAAAAACGUGGCAGCCACAGUGGUUGAUAUUGUUGUUGUAUUGUCGUUGGAGGUGAAAACAACAACGACGAAUGGGAGAGCUCGUCGGGUGUUGUGAAGUGUGUGUGAUGCCACCUUUCGAGAGCAACUAGGUGACGGGGGUAUCACAAGAGUCUCUUCUACCGCUUAUGAUGAAAUGGCGUAGCACAAUUGAGUGAAGAGAUGCAGUGUUUCGCGACGACGCAAGGAGAAACUCCAGAUGUCUGUGAGUGAUGAAAGUGGCUGUUGUCGCGCCACGUGACGCGCGUACAUGAUACGAUCCCCAAGCAUCUAAUCUGUAUACCUACGCAACGUACAUGUAUACAUGCCCAUCUUGCACCCUGAUCUCAAAUCAACGCCAUCACAAAGCGGAGCCCGGAUCGGGGACCCGGUCGAUCUCAUCCAUCCACAUGAUGUACAAAUCUCAUUCAACUAAAGUGCCUCAAUGACGAUCCAAUCCACUCUUGAAACUUAACGUGACAACGUUUAGCCUCGAAAACGAUCUACACAGGUACCAAAGCCAAACCCUUUUGCACCCACCCACUUGUCCAGGAGGGGGUGUAGCAUCACGGGGCUCACCGGAUUUCGUCCUCGUAACAGUGUUGGCAGGCACUGCACUCGAGUAAGCAGCAAUUGAUACAUCAUCAUACCUAUCAAUUGAUCGAGUGCUUGUUAUCCCCCCCCCAUCCCCAUCGCAUCCCCAACCCCACCCCCACGUUCUGCCAGCGAACACCCCCAUCACCAAAACAAUCCCCAUCCGAUGACAUCUAUACACAGCCAAACAACGGAGACCCAAAAGGGUCACACGCGCGUACCUUGCCUGCCUCAAUCUCCACGGGAUUCGCACUCGGACGGGCGGUUGGUUGGGUCGGUCAGUCGCUCGGUAUAGGCGCUUACCCAAACACAACCUCCGCCCUCGACCCUUGAUCCAUGCGUUUUUUAGAGCGUCUGCCUCGCGUGAGGCUGAUAUCGAAUAUCCCGGGGUUUCGAGGGAGGCGAACAAGAGAGUGGGAAGAGG